AUGGCGGAUUUCCACUGUGGCACCGUCCGUCUUUCGCAACUCUCGAGAAACCGUGGCCAGCCCUCUUAUGCGGGUGUGACUGUUGUCCAAUGCUUGGUGUUCUCAGGGUACGAAGAGCUACAGCAGGAAAAGAUCGAUCUUCUCCGCCGGCACUACCGUAUGGGCCUGUUGACAUUCUCUGCCGACGGGGUGCGGACCUCGACCUUCCCCAGAUCUCUACUAUCCCAGCACUUGAUCAUGACCAAAAUCAGAAUGGAUCUAGUUACAAUCACUUCCAAAGACCCUUCGCAGUAUCGAGCACACCUCAAGGGUGACGAGGGUGACGGCAGCACAGACUCUAUCGACAACAAGUUAGCGAACAACGAGCACUCAAGCAUCAUGCUGCAGUAUGUGCUUGUUACUUUGCUCCUUGUGGGCUUUGGCCUGGCAGGACAGAAACGGCCCAACAUCUUGUUCAUUCUCACUGACGACCAGGACCGCCACAUGGAGGCAGCCGAGCACAUGCCAUAUUUACAGGACCUGAUCGUGAACAAAGGCACGACAUAUGCUCAGCACUUCUGCACUGUUGCACUCUGCUGCCCAUCACGGGCAACACUAUGGACAGGGCGAGCGGCACACAAUCACAACAUCACCAACGUGGCCCCGCCACACGGGGGAUACCCCAAGUUCGUGUCGCAGGGCUUCAACGACGACAACCUGUUCCUGUGGAUGCAGCAGGCGGGCUACAACACCUACUACACGGGCAAGCUGUACAACUUCCACUCGGUCGACAACUACGACAUGCCCUACGCCCGAGGCUUCAACGGCUCCGACUUCCUGCUCGACCCAUACACCUACCAGUACCGGAACGCGAAGAUGACCCACAACGGCGAGGAGCCCGUCAGCUACGCAGGCCAGUACUCGACCGACGUGGUGGCGAGCAAGGCCAAGGCGUUUCUUCACGAGGGCCUGCAACAUCUCGCUGCGGCAGGCGAUGACGGUGGGGAUGAUCAGCAACAACGGCCGUUCUUCCUGACCGUGGCACCCAUCGCGCCUCAUUCGAACUGGGUACUGGAGCCAGAGAAGGACCUCUCGUACCUGCUCGAGCCCAUGGCUGCACCUCGCCACCAGCACAUGUUCACCGACUACAAGAUCCCCCGCACCAAGGCGUACAAUGCAGCCAUCGAGGGCAGCAUCGGGUGGAUUAGUUCCCUCCCAAGCUUGAACGACACCGUCCUGGCCUACAACGACCACUAUCAGCGGCAGAGACUGCGGGCGCUGCAAGCCGUGGAUGAGAUGUUGGCCGAGCUGAUUCAGCAGCUCGAGGACGCCGGAGAGCUGGACAACACGUACAUCUUCUACACCACGGACAACGGGUACCACAUCAGCCAGCACCGGAUGAAUCCUGGCAAGGAAUGUGGAUAUGAUACCGACAUUCACAUCCCAUUCUACUUGCGCGGCCCGGGCAUCGAUGCCGGAGGCGUGGUCGACGUGAUCACCACCCACACCGACGUGAGCUCGACUCUGCUCCAGAUCGCCGGGGCCAGUAAGCAGUUGGAUGGCACAGCCAUUCCGCUGGGACGGAGCCCAAGCGGACAGGACUGGGAGCUGGACGAAGAUCCGCCACGACGUCAUGAGCACGCGACUAUUGAGUAUUGGGGCUAUGGCGUCCCCGAAGGCCUUUACGGCGGCCGCACGGACAACAAGCGCGAAGCCGGCAAGUGGCGCAACUACUAUCUGAACAACACGUACAAGGGCCUCCGACUGGUGUCUCAAGACUACAGCCUGUACUACGCGGUGUGGUGCACCAACGAGACCGAGUUUUACGAUCUAAAGACCGAUGCCUAUCAAGUCGUCAACAUGGCCGCCGACAUAGGCGCAUACUCUUCCUACCAGAUCGCGGGGCGGCCGCUGGCGCAGAUCCUCCCGCGCCUCGACGCCCUGAUGAUGGUCCUCAAGACCUGCCGCGACAGCGUGUGCGUCCACCCCUGGAGGACGCUGCACCCGAACGGCCGCGUGGCCGACCUCGCCGAUGCGCUUGACGCACGGUUCGACGCCUUCUACCGCGCUCAGCCCAAGAUGGGCUUCGCCUCGUGUCCCGACGCGUACUACCUCGAGGCCGAGACCCAGGAGCCGGUCAAGCCUUGGGCCGACGACGCGCGGGGACCGAAGGAGGGCGUCGCAAGGCAGCCCGAGUUCGACUAUGCGCUGCACUGGCAGCUGUUGACCUAGGCUUUCAUUCUUGGGGAGAGGGCGUCUUGUAUAUGGUCUCGUGAGCCAUCAAAUAUGGAUAAGAUGGGAGGCUGGUGGACAGACAAAACGCAAGGCCUGUGUUUCUUGAAUCGCUCGCUCUUGUUCUUCUAUUUCGUGGCCUGUCAUCAAUA